CCUGACCUUGGAAAUGGGACGGGGGUCCUGCGGUGGGUCCUUCGGGCGGGGGGUGACUUUCAGCCGGCCUGCGGGACGACGGACCUUCCAGCCUACAGCCAUGGCUCAGUUCGUCCGCAAUCUGGCGCAGAGGGCCCCGGAGCUGGUGAACGCUGCUGUGACUUACUCGAAGCCUCGAUUGGCCACAUUUUGGCACUAUGCCAAGGUUGAGCUGGUUCCUCCAAGCCCUGCUGAAAUCCCUACAGCUAUUCAGAGCUUGAAAAACAUAAUCCGGAGUGCUAAAACUGGUGCCUUCAAGCAUCUUACAGUUAAGGAAGCAAUGCUGAAUGGUUUGGUGGCCACUGAAGUAUGGAUGUGGUUUUAUAUUGGCGAGAUCAUAGGCAAGCGUGGCAUCGUUGGCUAUAAUGUUUGAAGACCAAUCUUUGAACACCUGAUUAUUUGAUUUGUUAUUUGAGUGUUGGACUAUGUAUGACCAGACUAUCUGAAUAAACUAUGAUGUUAAAUUGC